CCGCUGCGCAUACUUCAGGUCUGUGACUGCUCGAGCUGCCCGCUUCUUAUUUCACUCGUUCGCUGCUCCUACACCUUGAGCCGCAGACACGGACGCAGGCGGUGGAGAGUGGACGCUGAUGGGGGACGAAAAGGAGACCUGGAAAGUAAAAACUCUUGACGAAAUUCUACAGGAGAAAAAACGCAGACGAGAAUUAGAAGAGAGAACAGAUCCCAAGCGCCAGAAAAAUUUCACACAGGGCCUUGUUCCACAGGCGGAUGAUCGGGAAGCCAAACGAGACACUCCGGAGGAAGGAGAACUACGGGAUCAAAGGAUGGAAAUAACAAUUCGUAACUCCCCGUACACGCGGGAUGACUCAACAGAAGACAGGGGCGAGGAAGACGAAUCACUAGCAAUCAAGCCUCCACAGCAGAUAGCAAGAAAAGACAAAUCGCACCACAGAAAGGAGGAGAAGAGAAAAGAUAAAAGACGUCAUCGCAGUCACUCUGCUGAAGGAGCAGGGAAACACGCACGGCCCAAAGACAAAGAAAAGGAGCGAGAGAGCGAUCGCAGGAAGCGACAGUGGGAAGAGGACAAAGCUCGUCGAGACUGGGAGAGGCAGAAACGGAGAGAACAGGCCAGAGCUCAUUCACGCAGAGAGAGACCUCGAUUGGAUUCUCCUGGGUUUUUUUUGGACCACAGGGACCGUCUGGAACAGCUCGAGCGUCAACGCGAACGAGACCGAAAGUUGCGCGAACAGCAGAAAGAGCAACAAGAGUUAAAGGAUCGUGAGAGAAGGGCAGAGGAGCGACGCAAAGAGCGAGGUGCUCGACGGGAAGUGCCGUCUCACCACCGGAUGAUACCUGAUGAUUAUGACGACAAGCCAAAACAAAGUCACCGCAGCCGAAGUCCCCCCCGCAUCCCCCGCGAUAGAUCCGAACACAGCGAACCACGGAAAAGUGCAACAUCAAAGGAGGAGAAGCCAGAGGGCAAAGAUUUGCUCGCAGACCUCCAGGACAUCAGUGACAGUGAAAGAAAGACGAGCUCAGCAGAAUCCUCCAUGGCUUCAGGAUCAGGCUCAGACGAAGAGGACGAAGACGAAGAGGAGUCCAGCAGCCAGAGUGAGGGUGAAGAAGAGGAAGGAGAGGAGGAAUCUGUUUCAGGCUCAGCAAGGUCUGAGCAGAGUGCAGAGGACGUGAGCGAGGACGAGCAGUCAGAUGACGACUUUGAAGAUGAAAGGGAAAAUGGAAAUCACAUACCUGCAGUCCCAGAGUCCCGUUUUGAUCACGACUCCGAGGAGAGCGGUGAGGACAUGGAGGAUGAAGAGGAGGAGGAGGAGGAUGACGCAGGAGAUGGAGACCCUACGCCUCAAUCUCAAACUCAUUCUCGCUCCCCGACCCCAGAGGAGAACUACAUCCCAGAUUCCCCCCCAAUCUCACCUGUGGAGCUGAAGAAAGAGCUGCCCAAAUAUUUGCCUGCUUUACAGGGUUGUCGCAGCGUUGAGGAAUUCCAGUGUUUGAACCGAAUAGAGGAGGGAACCUACGGUGUGGUGUACAGAGCCAAGGACAAAAAGACGGAUGAAAUUGUGGCAUUGAAAAGGUUGAAGAUGGAGAAAGAGAAGGAGGGCUUCCCAAUCACCUCUUUGAGAGAAAUCAAUACAAUCCUGAAAGCUCAGCACCCGAACAUCGUCACAGUGAGGGAAAUCGUUGUUGGGAGCAACAUGGACAAGAUCUACAUUGUGAUGAACUAUGUAGAACAUGACCUGAAGAGUCUGAUGGAAACCAUGAAGCAGCCUUUCCUGCCAGGUGAAGUAAAGACUCUGAUGAUUCAGCUGCUUCGAGGUGUUCGACAUCUCCACGAUAACUGGAUUCUCCACCGUGAUCUGAAGACGUCCAAUCUGCUGCUGAGCCACAAGGGUAUCCUCAAGAUUGGCGACUUUGGUUUGGCCCGGGAGUACGGUUCCCCCCUGAAGCCCUACACCCCUGUAGUGGUGACCCUGUGGUACCGAUCACCAGAACUGCUGCUUGGAGCCAAGGAGUACUCCACAGCUGUGGACAUGUGGUCAGUGGGCUGCAUAUUUGGCGAGCUCCUCACCCAGAAACCUCUUUUCCCUGGAAAAUCUGAAAUUGACCAAAUUAACAAGAUUUUCAAGGAUCUGGGGUCACCUAGCGAGAAGAUCUGGCCCGGCUACAGCGAGCUGCCUGCUGUGAAGAAGAUGACUUUCACAGAGUAUCCCUACAACAACCUGCGAAAGCGCUUUGGAGCGCUGCUCUCAGACCAGGGCUUUGACCUCAUGAACAAAUUCCUCACUUACUGUCCCAGUAAGAGGAUCCUGUCAGACGAGGGGCUCAAGCACGAGUACUUCCGCGAGACGCCUCUGCCCAUCGACCCGUCCAUGUUCCCCACCUGGCCGGCCAAGAGCGAGCAGCAGAGGGUGAAGAGAGGCACCAGUCCCCGUCCACCCGAGGGAGGCCUGGGCUACAGUCACCUGGGUGAUGACGACCUCAGAGACACAGGCUUCCACCUGACGACCAGCAACCAGGGAGCGUCUGCAGUCGGUCCAGGUUUCAGCCUCAAAUUCUGAGCCCAAAGAAAGAGAGAAAAAAAAAAAAAA